ACUAGAGGUGGUGUAACCAAGUGGGGAUCUGCUAAAAGAGAGGAGGAGGUUUGGUCUGUUUUAAGCAAGAUGAAGAUUCAGUGUGAUGUGUGUGAGAAAGCACCCGCCACAGUGAUUUGUUGUGCUGAUGAGGCUGCACUUUGUGCUAAAUGUGACAUAGAAGUUCAUGCAGCAAACAAGCUUGCUAGCAAGCACCAAAGGCUUCUUCUCCAGUGCCUCUCCAACAAGCUGCCUCCAUGUGAUAUAUGCCAAGAGAAGGCAGCUUUCAUUUUCUGUGUUGAAGACAGGGCCCUCUUUUGCCGGGACUGUGAUGAACCAAUCCAUUCAGCUGGUAGCCUUUCUGCGAAUCACCAGCGGUUUCUGGCCACUGGAAUCCGAGUGGCUUUAAGCUCGAGUUGCUCCAAGGACACGCAGACGAAUUCUUCAGGGCCACCAAAUCAGAGCGCACAGCAAACUCCCAUGAAAAUCCCUGCACAGCAAACAUCGAGCUUCGCCACUUCAUGGGCAGUUGAUGACUUGCUACAGUUUUCCGAGUUUGAAUCAUCCACUGACAAGAAAGAGCAACUUGAGUUAGGAGAGUUUGAGUGGCUAGCUGACAUGGGUCUUUUCGGUGAGCAACUUCCUCAAGAAGCUCUAGCAGCAGCUGAAGUUCCUCAACUGCCAAUCUCACCACCAACCAAUGUGAACUCAUGCAGACCCACCAAAUCCAGCAUGCCCCAUAAGAAGCCUAGAAUUGAAAUCUCAGACGAUGACGACGAGUACUUAACUGUGCCUGAUCUUGGCUGAACUUGGGGUGUUGAACUCAGCACUUUUGAGUUCAAUUUUAAGGAACUAUACAUGCUUUCUCUAAGUUCCCGUAGGCAUUGAUGUAUGUAUAUACUAUAUAGUAUGUAUUUGCAUACACGGGCAUGAAACUCUGCAUUUUAAGGACUAGAGAGUAGCAUCACAGUCAGCUCUGGGGAUUCAUUUUCCAUGUUAUCCUAUAUAUUGUUAUUUUUGUUAGUUCUUUUUUCCAUUUGAAAGAGCAAUCACAUCAAUCAGUGCUCUUGAUUGUAAUAGCUCAAUGUAUGAUUCUCAGCUAUUGCAUGUA